GUCGCGCGUGAACCGCGCACACGAACGUUCAUCAUCUUCUCGACCGAGCUGAACGCAACUCUCCAUUCCGCGAAAAAUGAGCGAGUAUUCCUCGUAUUUUUACGAAAGGAGGUGUUACAUUUGCGAACGAAGCGCUUCUUAUCCGAAGAAUCGCUAUGUCCCGAAAAAAUCGACGCAUAGAGUGAGAUUCACCGAGCCGAGCAAAAUGUUGAAAUCAGCCUCGCCGCAAUAUCCCAGCAGAGGAUCCGAUGCCCGAGUCAUUCGUUUGACCACGGAUCAAGAAGCUGUUCUCCAGGAACAGUUCAAUAGAUGGCCGAGGGCACCUCAUACAGCUGAUAUCGUUCUACUGGCGGCCGAGACAGGACUUUCCGAAGCCGAUGUCGAGGCUUGGUACUCUAUCCGAUUAGCACAGUGGAGGAAAGAACAGGGUCUGGGAGGAAAUCUUGGUUUGCAUUAACGUUGACCCUUUUCUCGAAUGUUAUCGUAACUGUGUACCUGAAAAUGUUAAUACGUGUAAGGAUUGCCCGUGAACCUGAUAACGAUCAAUUUCUUUAUCGAUCUCUCGUUGCUUCUAGUUUAGCGAUUAUACUCGUGUAUUUUAUUAAUUAAAGUAUACACGAUUUAUUUAUAUUGUCAAUGUGUAGAUGAUGUUAGAAUGUUUAAAAGCGAUGGUACCAAAAAUUGAUUUUAAGAAGUAAUUGCGGGUAGAAAAAGAUAUAAUAAGGAAAUUAAUUCGUAGUUGUUUUUUGACGAUUUUAUCAUUUAUUUAUUUUGAUUCUAAAGUAGAAGAAUAUUAAAGCGCUCGAGUAAAAAUCUUUUUCCAAGUGUGUCCCGAUAUUUGUUUAAUCGUUUUAAUGUAAGUAUGUCGCGAAAAGAAGACAUUACCAGUGAGUAUUAAUCAUAGUGUACGUAAGAUCUGACCGCAGAUCGAAAAAUGAAAUAUGUUAGUUGUAACACGUCAGGUACCACAGAUAUAUUUUAAUGCUUUUAAAUAGUUAUACUAAAUAAUUAUACGAAACACAUAUUUUAAAAUAAAAAUGUUUGUAUAACUUACUUAAAUAAAUAUUACGCAAAGAA